ACUGACAUGAGCUGGUGUCCUCUAUGCCGUAGGAAAAAUGUGCAGUAAAUCCAGGAUCAUGUAUUCCUUUGAAUUCUUUGUCUUCAGCAAUGUAUAAAUUUAUAAUAUUCUGUUAAACUGAUUCAUCCCAUUGUUACAAUUUGAAGUAAGAAAAUUUUCUGGGAUAUAUCUGGAGGUUAUAAGGACAGAAAGACUAUUUGAAAAUGAGACAGUCUCAGGAAACUGAGAAGGUUAAGUUCUUUGCUUGUAGAAGAGAGGGUGCCUUGGAUCAAAGCAAAUGUUUUGCAGCAGGGCGAUGAAGCAUGGCCAAAACACAUCUGGGUCACGUUUAGUCAGCAGAACUUGACUUCUAUCAGUGAGGUGCUAAUUAAGAGAUGAAUAUAAUGUACAGUAGCCCUAUGUCUUUAGUUGUUCGACAAAAUAACUUACUCUCAGGGCCAGAUGAUUUGGUCAAAACUAUUUAAUUAGGUAAUUCCUACUUGAAUCAACGUUUGAUUAUAAUAGAUGUCAUAGUGCUAAAUAAUUUUGGAUUACCAGCGUUGAUCACUGGAGGAAGAAUACCGUUUUUCUUUGAUUUUUGGGCACCUUAAGGAACAAUUUUCCCUCUAGUGGCAUUCUUUUCUAGAAAAGCGUCCUGUUUGCUUUUUCUCAAUAUGUUUUUUUCCCCUGCUUUUGGCACUGUCUUUCUUGCUUCCAAUUAUAACUGCGAGCAAAUAUCAGAAGUUCUUUGUAGCGUCCAGCCUGGUUUGGUCCACCAGUGCUCCCCAGGAGUAUGUCCUCCAUGAGAAGACUGAGUUGGCCACAGCCAGAGCAUCAGCAGGUGAAGUCUGUUGGCCUCUCUCCCAGUUGUCUUGUUCCCAUUUAUGUAUUAUUCUGAUCGUAGUUCAGUAUUUGAUUAUCAUUAUGGGCAAAACAAAAGUCUGUUUCAUUUUGAAUUAUAAAUAGAAAAGACAUCAAGUUCUUAGAUCUAAAGAAUUAUUUAGAAUUUGUAACGAUGAGCACAGAAACCUAAAGAACUAAAUUUCUAGGCACAUUCUGACUGUAAAAUGGAUACCUUACAUAUACCAAGAGUAAUUUUCGUUUCUGUUUCUGUCUCUUCAGAACAUUUAAUUUGUUCACCAAGAAAUUGUUGCCUCCUGCAUGCCAGUGUUUAAAUAAGAUCUGAGUAAAACAAUUCGAUAAAAUUCCAAGAUGUAAACUGCAUUAUGUACUUAAAAGUUUCAUAUUUAUAAUAGUAAUUCCAUUUUUAUGAGACAUAAAUACAGACAAGAACUUAAACGACAGCAAAAAGCAACAAGUAGUUAUCUAGGCCAGUGAAAAAGCUAUUUGAAAGCCCAUUCAGCUGUUUUUAAAAAUUUGGUGAAUUUAAAACAUCUCCUGUCCAGUGAUGCCAAAUAAUAAGUAUCAAAGUAUGAAAUACGUUUUAAUGAAAUGAACAACACUAACUGGGUUACCCAUAAUUUAAAACAUUAAAGAUAAAAAAAAUCUAAUAACUAUAAAAACUAAUACUUUUUGAAACUUUUAUAACAAAUUCAAGCUGUUCAUUUUGAUAUACACAAAAAGACAAAACCAAAAUAAAAGAAAAUCCUAAACUUGUAUGAAUGUUAAAAUUUUCUGUUUUUGCCGUAAUCUUUGGAUCAGCAUCAUGCUUUACUUAAGAAAAGACAGCCCUGGGUCUAGAGUUUGGGCCGCGGGUCAGGAUCAGGCAGAGAUGAUUCUUCUCUGUCCUUCCAUGCCCCAUCCUUGCUGCAGAUUUUGUAAGGCUAGUCUGUAGGGGAUUUUGGCAAAAAUCCAUGAAAUAGCACACAGCUCACAGAAGUACCGAUUUUUCUCUCGUCACAGACACGGUCGUGUGUUGUGUAUCAGGCCUUGGCUCUGCCGGCUCCUGUUCAUUGUCUUAGUGUGAUUCAGAGGGUGAACUAGAAACCGUAAAUGUAGUAGGGCCCAACUGUAUUGAGGUCUUGUGUACUCAACUUAAAAAAAAGACAUUUCUCUGCUUUCUCUGCCUCUAGCAUCACCACAGGAGAUUUCUUCUGGCCAAUGAAAUACAAGACAGAAUCCAGGCAAGAUCUGUGGGAAAACUUUCACUUGGAUGAUAAGGCACUGCCUUUCUUCCUGUUGUAUUUUCUUCCAAGACAUAUGUAUUUCCAAGACAUAAUUGGAAAUCAGAAAAUUCUGUGUAAUUUAAAAGUUACCUUAUGUUCUAUCCAAAGACCUAUUUUAGACUUACGUGGACUAACAUGUUCACAAUUAUGAAUGUGAGCCAUGACUAUGGAGGGCCUUUCUAAAUUUGUUCUAGUUCUCAAUCUGUUGCCCCUAGAACCAGAAUAAUUUAUAUCUUUAUAGCCUGCAUUCUUUGCCUGGCUGAUGAAUUCUUUUAAGUGUUGUGUUUAUAUUUUGUAAAAGUACUUUAAGAAGCCUUGUGCAGUAGCCUCAUUUCAAAUAAAUAAAAGUUCUAUUAGGAGGGCUGUUUCUUGUGUCCCUUCUUUUGUCCCUCCACUGUGAGAAGUGUUAACAGCUUAGGAGUGACCCUUAUAAACUCUUAAUUGUUUAGAAAAUGCUAUCUAGAGAGAACAGAGAAAGCAAAUUAUGGUAGGAUUGAUAGAGAGAGAGGGGGAAACCUGGAUGAGAAGUCUCAGAACUGACAGGAAAAAAAUGUGCAAACGAAAAAACAUUUUCAGACCUUCAUUCACAUUAAUGAACAACUAAACACGUGGACUAUUCAAAAACUUUGACUCUAGGCUUUUACAAGCCUGAAUUUGUCGUCAUAGCAUCAAGAUGGGAAAUUAGGAAAGAAUGCUAAUUUAAAUUUAAAACAGAUGGAAAUACAGUAUAUGGCAUAUAUGCCUCUCUUCUCAUCUGUCAACAAGUACUUACAGAUGCCACAUGAACUGUUUUAACUACAAUUAUAAAAAUCAGUGGAAUGUUUAGAGGUGAUUCCAAAAAUAUGAUUGGCUAACAUACAGGGUACUCAAGAAAUGCUCUGUCCAAAACAAAUUCUGUACAAUCCCUUUUGUACUGAUGAAGAGUUUCAGGUUAAAGCAUAGGGAAAAAUUCACUAUCAAAUUAUAAGUAUGAGAUACAUGACCUUAGUUUAGUUUUUCUAAUUGUAGUUUUAUUUACAAACGACAUAUGUCCCUUUCAGUCAGAUUUAUUUUCUCAGCUGUAAGGUUUGGGAGCUGGAGCCCACAGGCCAAGACAUAGUAAUGUGCAAUGAUUCAAGAUUCCAUAUGUGACAAGCCUUCUCCUUGAAGGUCACUUGCCACCCUCUGGAGCUAUGGAUUUAUUACCUUCCACUCCCAGCAGUGUGCUUGGAACAUGGAAAGUCCACAAGCAGAGUACACACACUUGUCAUUUAUUCACUAUGCUAAAGGAAGGAAGUUGUUUUGCUUAUGCAGGCAAAGAUCUGGAGGAGCAGUUGCGAUCAGUGUCCAGUGUCGACGAACUCAUGACAGUACUCUACCCAGAAUACUGGAAAGUGUACAAGUGUCAGUUAAGGAAAGGGGACUGGCAGCACAAUGAAGAGCAGCCCAACAUCAAUACAAGAACAGAAGAGACUGUAAAAUUCGCUGCAGCACAUUACAAUGCAGAGAUCCUGAAAAGUAUUGAUAAUGAGUGGAGAAAGACUCAAUGCAUGCCACGUGAGGUGUGUAUAGAUGUGGGGAAGGAGUUUGGAGCAGCCACAAACACCUUCUUUAAACCUCCAUGUGUGUCCGUCUACAGAUGUGGAGGCUGCUGUAACAGCGAGGGGCUACAGUGCAUGAACACCAGCACAGGCCACCUCAGCAGGACGUUGUUUGAAAUUACAGUGCCUCUCUCUCAAGGCCCCAAACCAGUAACAAUCAGUUUUGCCAAUCACACUUCCUGCCGAUGCAUGUCUAAAUUGGAUGUUUACAGACAAGUUCAUUCAAUUAUUAGACGUUCCCUGCCAGCAACACUACCACAGUGCCAGCCUGCAAACAAGACCUGUCCCACGGGUUACAUAUGGAAUGAUCACAUCUGCAGGUGCCUGGCUCAGCAAGAUCUUAUUUUUUCUUCUAGUGCUGGAGAUGACUCUGCAGAUGGAUUCCCUGACAUCUGUGGACCCAGCAAGGAGCUGGAUGAAGACACCUGUCAAUGUGUCUGCAGAAGGGGACUUCAGCCCUCCAGCUGUGGACCCCACAAAGAACUAGACAGAAACUCAUGCCAGUGUGUCUGUAAAAACAAACUUUUCCCCAAGUCAUGUGGGGCCAACAGAGAAUUUGAUGAAAACACAUGCCAGUGCAUAUGUAAACGAACCUGCCCAAGAAAUCAACCCCUAAACCCCGGAAAAUGUGUCUGUGAAUGUACAGAAAAUUCACAGAAAUGCUUCCUAAAAGGAAAGAAGUUUCAACAUCAAACAUGCAGUUGUUACAGAAGACCGUGUACAAACCGACUGAAGCAUUGUGAGCAGGGACUUUCAUUUAGUGAAGAAGUAUGUCGCUGUGUCCCCUCAUACUGGAAAAGACCACAUAUGAACUAAGACUGUACUAUUUUCCAGCUCGUCAUUUUUCUGUCAUGGAGAACUGUUGCCACUGUUUAGAACUGUCUAUGCGCAGAGAGGCCUUUGUGGGACCACGGUAACAAAGACAAGGGGCAGUGCCUCCUGAGCCACGUGGGUGACUUUACAGAUACGGACUGAGGCUCCUCUGCCAAAGACCUCUUUUAAAGACUGGUUUUCUGCCAAUGACCUUACAAUCGAGGUGUUUCUCUUCUGAUUUAAAAAGAAAUAAUGACUAUAUAAUUUAUUUCCACUAAAAAUAUUGUUUCUUCAUUCAUUUUUAUAGCAAUAACAAUUGGUAAAGCUCACUGUGAUCAAUAUUUUUGUAUCAUGCAAAAUAUGUCUAAAAUAAAAUGAAAGUUGUA